CUUUUCCACGACACCGCUCGAAGCGCAGCGCAUCUAUUAAGGUCGAUCGUCUUCUCUUCCUCGUCCAUCGAUCCAUCCAUCGAUAGAGAGAGACACACACAACAGCAAAAAAAAUGGAGCCGUCGCGCCUCGGCGCCGUUCCCGAGGACGAUGCAUCGGAAGAGCAAGGCCAGCCUCAGAGCCAGCAGCAAUCCGCCUUCGCUUCUCCACCGCUCCGCCCUCCCUCGCAGAGCUCGCAGAAGAAGUACUCGCCGGUCGAUUGGAACGAGUAUUUCGACAGGGAGGAGGAUGUUGUCAUCCCGGAAUCGAACGACAGCUUCCAUGUCUAUGUGGCCGGGGAAGAAGGACCGGUAGUGCUUUGCCUUCAUGGAGGUGGCUACUCUGGGCUUUCAUUUGCAUUGUCGGCUAGUAUAAUCAAGGAGAAAGUCCGCGUGGUUGCAGUGGACCUGCGAGGACAUGGCAAGUCCUGCGCAGAAAAUGAACUUGACCUUUCGAUUGAGACUUUAUGCAAUGAUGUUCUGGCUAUUGUAAAGAGAAUGUAUGGAGAGUCCCCACCAGCAAUUGUGCUCGUCGGCCACAGUAUGGGAGGCUCUGUAGCUGUUCAUGUUGCUGCAAAGAAAGCACUUCCUACCUUGGCUGGGCUGGUUGUUGUGGAUGUGGUGGAGGGUACAGCCAUGGCUUCAUUGAUUCACAUGCAGAAAAUCCUAUCAAGCAGGAUGCAGCAUUUCUCUAGCAUUGACAAAGCGGUUGAAUGGAGUUUGAAAGGAGGCUCUUUAAGAAACAUCGAGUCAGCUCGAGUAUCGGUUCCCACCACUUUGACGUAUGAUGAUUCAAAGAAAUGUUACGUUUACAGAACACGGCUCGAAGAAACAGAACAAUAUUGGAGAGGCUGGUACGAAGGCCUUUCAGAAACAUUUUUAUCAUGCCCAGUCCCAAAACUCUUGCUUUUAGCGGGAACCGAUAGACUGGAUAGAUCUCUUACAAUAGGUCAGAUGCAAGGAAAGUUUCAAAUGGUUGUUGUCAGGCAUACUGGCCAUGCCAUUCAGGAAGAUGUACCUGAUGAAUUCGCUAGUCUGAUACUUAACUUUAUCUCACACAACAGAAUAGGCCCUCAUGGAGUCCAGAUCCCAGGGAUUCGAUCAUGGAAAUCUUGAGAAUAGAGUGCCUUUGGUGUGAUAACCUCGGGGUACAAAAGAACUAAGAUAUCACUUUUCGUCUUGAGUUUAUUCCUAUUCGCUUUGUUCUUUGGUGGAAAUGGGAACGACAGCUCAUAUGGAGGUUAACUUGCAUAGAAUUAGGACUGGUCUCGUUAUUUCAUCAUCUCCAUCGGUGAUGGUUCACAUCCGGGAGUUUGUUUUCGAAGAUGCUUCAAAUAAUUCAAACAUGGAGUUUUUCCAGUGUGUCAA